AUGGCUGCUGCUUUGAUACGGAGCGCACGAUGUCAUGCAUGUCGCCAUGGCGUGCUCCAGUCAUUCGUGCGAGUCUCUGGUUUUACCUUUAGUCAGACUCCACGAUUGUCAGCCGAGCUGCAAAGAAGACGAUUCUUCUCUACUCCGUACCUAAAAGUCGAAUCAGCAAAUCACCCUUCGUCCGAUCGAGAUAUCGUGACUGAACUACAUCAUGACGUACCAGUCCCAGACGAAGCCACGAACUCAUCCCAACAUGUGCCGUGGUAUUUGCAGGUCGAACCAGUCAUUGAAACAACCCAUCCGCUAGCCAGAAAGCAGCAGAUUCCGGAUGUUCCUGAAAACGCGCCCCCUAUUACACGAGAAAUACUGCAACACCUCUUACUCGAGAUCGGCUUGGAUGACAUGGUUCUACUAGAUCUACGAGGAAGAGAUCCCCCGCCAGCUUUGGGAGGCAAUGUGAUCAUGGUCAUUGGAUCUGCCCGAGGUGUGAAACAUUUGAACGUUUCGGCAGAUCGAUUCUGUCGAUGGUUGAGAUCUACAUACAAGCUCCGACCGUAUGCAGAUGGCUUGCUUGGACGCAACGAACUGAAGAUCAAGCUUCGACGCAAAGCUCGCCGUGCUCGUCUUGCAAGCAGUGCUGGGACCACCGCGGAUACAUCAGACGAUGGAAUCACCACAGGCUGGAUAUGUGUAAAUGUCGGCAGUGUGGAUGAUCCAAGUAUUAUCCAAAAUAUGAGAGAAGGGGGGUUUGAAGGAUUCGGCAAAGUUCAGGGAGGUACAAGGAUCGUUGUCCAAAUGUUCACAGAGGAGAAGAGAGCCGAUGUCGAUUUGGAAGCACUCUGGACCCCMAAGGAAGACGCCAAGGGCCAAGCCGAGGGAACCCGUUCAGAUUUGGUUGAAGAAGAUUACCAGGUGCGUUUACAGUCUUCGACGGCUACCGAACACUUAUCUAACGAACCGACCUCCAACAUAUUCAGGUCACCACCUCGUAUCGAUCUUAGCCAAAGACGAAACUUCUCCACCAGCGUGAGACUCAACUCAGUUAAUACAGAUGGCAACCUAGGAUCCAACUACGAUUUCCCAGAUGUUGGAGAUGAAUCAGAUGAACAGGAUGGCGAACUCUCUUCCAUUCUGCAAAAUCUCAAUCGGCUGCCAUUGCAAGAAAAAAUAGAACAACUAGGAAGCGGUCCGGAAGAUACGAAUUCAACCGAGCUUCUACGAGAAUGCUAUUCCUUUGCGGGGAAUGAUCCAGACCGAAAAUCUACCCUUCGUUUGAUGCUCGGUGCAGCAGCGGUAUCUGCUCAGCAUCCAGAUUACACAAAAGAAUAUUUGUGGACGCUUUUUUUGGAGCACACUGCCUCCGGGUAUAAAAUCAGUGAGCCACUAGCAUUCGAGGUAGCAUCAGCUUUUCUCGUUCCGCGUUUGGAGGGUCAGGAACAGAAGAGAACAAUCUCAGAGCUGGUGGAUUUUGAUAUCGAAUCCGCAAUGCGUGUGAUGGAUAACCUAUCACUUAACGGAGCGUCUAUAAUUAUGAAACAUCGCGUUUAUAACAUGAUGUACAGAGCUUUGGUACUCAGCUUGGCCGACGAGAAAGCUGUGAACGUCCAGCUCAAGGCUUUGCGAAUACGCACUUUGAUGAGUGAAAUUGAUUUGGAAUGGCAUGGUACAGACACCCGGGAGACCAUGCAGCUCAGACUGUUACUGGGCGACGUAGAGGGUUUCUACGAAAUUUGGCAUGCGAUCGCUUUCAAUGAAGGCUCAAGAACAGCUGACGAUUAUGAAGUACUGUUCCGGGUCCACGCCGAGGCUGGACAUGCGGUCAAUGCGCGAGAAUGUUUGGCUGUUUGGAUCUCGAUGAUGGAAAGAGAGAUCCCUCGAAUUAAACCUAACGCUGGUUUGAUCUCUGCUAUUGCAAGAUGUGCGCAUGUUGCAGGCCAACAUGCCAAUACAUUCCGUCUAGCAUCGGUUUCACGGGAGUGGGAGGAGGUAGAGCCGUUGAUUCUAGAGGAGAUGAAAGCACUCGAGGAGUUGUCUUGA